AAUUAGUUGUAGUCAGUUCGAGUCUCUUGUUCGUGCCGUUCGCUUGUGUUUUCGAAUAUUGUAUCCGUAAAAUUCUUUGGUGCUACGCUAAAAUAUUUUUACAAGAUACAAACAGCUACAUACAUACCUAUAUGUAUAUAUGCAGAUAAAAGAAAAAAAAUAGAACUGAAUGAGUUUUUAGUGAUUCUUGAAUACUAAGAAUUGAUAAAAUUUCGGUUUUGGUAGUGAACAUAAAAUGAAAACCGCCAGUUAAAAGUAAUACGAAGUGAGAAAGUGUGCGUUAACUUCGUUAAAGGCAACAAAUAACUAAUUUUUUGCAUGCAAAGAGUGAUUUCCACCUAGACAACAUACCUUUAAAAUUUGUAGAAAACAAGAAGAAGAUACAAGCCGUAUCCAGCCGGAAACUUUUUGAACAAAAUUCUAUUUUGUCAUUCUAAUCUUCACAUUAACAAAGUGGUAAAACUUUGGUGGCGGUUUCUGUUAACGAAAGGAUACACAAAAGAGAAAUAGAUAAAUCCAGUACAAAACUGUCAACAUUAGUAAAAUAGGACAUUAGGAAAAAUGCCAGCGGAAACGAAAACUGCCACCGCUGCUACCGAGGCUGAUACGCCUUCGAAGAAUAAAAAAGCGAAUACGACCGGAAAAGCUGGACUGGCACGUGUCACGUUGCUUGAUGGCUCUCUGCUUGAUGUCACAAUCGAUCGUAAAGCCAAAGGCCGCGACCUGCUUAACACCAUUUGUGCUGGGCUUAAUAUUGUGGAAAAAGACUACUUCGGUUUGACUUAUGAAACGCCCGUAGAUCCACGCACCUGGUUGGAUUUGGAUAAACCAGUUUCUAAGUUUUUCCGUAGUGAUCCUUGGGUGCUACAAUUCGCAGUGAAAUUUUAUCCACCGGAGCCUGCACAGUUGCAAGAGGACAUUACUCGCUACCAGCUAUGUCUGCAAGUGCGUAACGAUAUCCUCGAAGGUCGUUUGCCAUGCACAUUCGUCACGCAUGCUCUGCUAGGUUCGUACCUAGUACAAUCGGAGAUGGGCGAUUAUGACCCGAAAGAGAUGCCCGAUCGCCGUUAUUUGAAGGACUUUAAAAUAGCACCAAACCAAACACCAGAGUUGGAGGACAAGGUCAUGGAUUUGCACAAGACUCACAAGGGCCAAGCACCUGCUGAAGCAGAAUUGCAUUACUUGGAAAAUGCCAAGAAACUAGCUAUGUAUGGGGUAGAUUUGCACCCGGCCAAAGAUUCGGAGGGUGUUGACAUCAUGCUGGGUGUCUGCGCAUCGGGGUUGCUUGUGUACCGAGACAAAUUACGAAUCAAUCGCUUCGCAUGGCCCAAGAUUCUCAAGAUUUCUUACAAGCGUCAUCACUUCUAUAUCAAGAUACGUCCCGGGGAAUUUGAGCAGUAUGAAUCCACUAUUGGCUUUAAAUUGGCCAAUCAUCAGGCAGCUAAGAAAUUGUGGAAGUCAUGUGUGGAGCACCAUACAUUCUUCCGGCUUAUGACGCCCGAACCACCGACCAAAACAUCACUGUUCCCUCGUUUCGGCUCAAAGUACAGAUACUCAGGGCGCACUUUGUAUGAAAGUAAGCGGAAUCCAAUUGAUCGUACAGCGCCGAAGUUCGAUCGGAGUUUGUCUGGUAGACGUUUGACAUCGAGAAGCAUGGAUGCUCUCGCAAUGGCCGAGAAGGAGAAAGAUGCUCAGAAACGUCACACCAUGGGACAUCCACCAGAGCAUAUUCCCGAUUUUGAUUCACCACGUAGUCGAAGUCCAUUGAAAAAGGAUAAGAAAGAGAAGUUGAAACGUGAAUCGAGCACUGGUACAGCUUCCGCCUCUUCGCAGAGCUCACUCGAAGGCGAUUAUUCGACCCAUACCGGUGCUGAUGUGGCAGCCGGCGAGUCAGCUUCGGCCGUCGCCUAUUUUGGCAAGGAUCAGGCUGAUGCGGAAAAGGAGGCUAAACUGAAGAAGAAACAACAAGAAAAAGAGGAGAGGGAACGCAAGGAACGCGAGAAGAAAGAAAAGGAGGCCCAGGAGAAGGCUGCCAAGGAGAAAGCCGCAAAGGAGAAGGCAGCUAAAAGUGUUGCAGCUGAAGGCAUCAAUGGUAACGAUGACUUGAAUGACUCUAGCAAAUCGGAAAAGUCCAGCAAAGGACGUGGUGGUGGUUUUUUCUCGUCCGGUCGCAAGAGCAAGAGCGGCUCCCCGACCAAAGAAUCCAAGCAAAAGGAUGGUAAGAGUGGUGAGUUGGUCUACGCUGAACUUGAACACGGUAAGCCUAAUAAUCAAGCUAAUGAUGAUAAAAACCGAGCUUCGCGUCAACCCGGACACACCAGGCCUUAUGAAUACUCAGAUGGUAAAGGUGAAACAAGCCCCACACGAAAAUCUUACAUUCCUGGUGGUUUCCGUUAUGACCAGGAUCCGCAGAGUGGUAAGCGAUCUGGUCAGGAGGGUGAGGGACAGCUGUCACCCACUGCUGAACAAAAGAAGACCGCGAUUGCAUUCAAUUAUGCACCUGGCCAUGAUGACACUCUGAAGAAGACCGCAGAGAAACUAAAGAGCGGCCAGCUAUCACCACGCACGCGUGAUAAGAUAAACAAGGGCCAAUUGUCACCAACGAGUCGCGCGAAACUUUUAAAAGAUGCAAAUCUGUCGCCGACAACACGUGCUAAGCUGCAAGGUAGUGCCGUUGAUGCAGCCGCGUCGCCGUUGUCCGAUGCACAAAAACGAUCUUAUUCGCCAACUAAGGGCCAAGCAGCUGGUUACACUUCAGGUGCUCCUGGCAGUUAUAAGCCACUGGUCGAUCCCACAGCUGCUUUCCUCGAAUCUGAGCGUUACAACAGGGAAGCAUCAGUUGGUUCUGGUACUGGAACUGGUAAAGGUGGCCCCGCCAGUCCUGCUGAUGCAGCAGCGGCUGGAAAAGGAAGGGUUACCACACCAGUUUCUCCUAAAAAAGCCGGCAGUGGGUUGGCUGCAGGCUCUGUUGCUGGAUCCACUCCUGUUAAGGCCAAGAAGAAGCGUGUCAAGAUUAUGGUAAUUACAUCAAAAUUUGAUCCAAGCACGAAGCGCAUAGAUACUGAAAAUGGUGAAAUUGAGCACUCCACGGGCAUACUUGAUCCGGAGAGCGGCCUUAUUGACAGCAAGUAUGGUCAAAUUGAUCCCAGAAAGGGCACUCUACUGGCCUUGAAUACGAAGACCGGCAAAAAUGAAUUAUACCAAGGAGAAGUUGAUCCAAAAACUGGAAAUGUACAGCUAGUGUCUGGUGUUGCAGAUCCUAGCACCGGUCGUUUGGAUGAGAGUUUGGGACAGGUAAUUUGUAUUACGCCACAAGACAAUCCCGUGGUGGAACUCAUUGUUAUCACAAGUCGCAUAGAUCCGGCUACAGGCAAAGUUGAUACAGUCAACGGUGAAGUAGAACGCUCUCUUGGAGUACUAAAUGUGGAUUCAGGCCUGCUUGACACAAAAUACGGUGAAAUUAAUACCAGAACGGGCGAGUUGAAAGCUAUCGAUCCGAAAACAGGCAAAAUUGUGGUCUCCAAAAACGUGAAGGUUGAUCCAGCCACAGGCCAAAUAACUAUAUUGGGGGUCACAGAUCCAAAAACUGGUAAACUAGAUAACGCUCAAGGUCGUAUUAUUGAAGUUGGUCAACAGAUUGAUCCCAUUGUUGAGGUUACUUCACUUGCUGGUAAAUAUGAUUCGAAGAAAAACAUCAUUGAUCCAAAAACAGCUCAUGUUGAAACUUCUGGUGGCCAAUUCGAUCCCAAGGCCGGCAAGAUUGAUACAAAGUACGGUCAAAUUGAUUUGGUUAAACAUACUAUUACCUUCGCCGAUCCAAAAUCCGGCAAAACUGUUACACGUGAUAUCAAAAUCGAUCCAACCACCGGCCAAAUUGUGCUUAAAAAUCAAAUAAAUCCGAAAAAUAACAAACCUGAUAAAGAUUACGCUCGGAUUAUAUCCUUACGAAUUGUUCAGCAACGAGUAGAUCCGAAAACGAAAGCACCAAUUGCUCAAGUCAGCUCAGCGAAGGACAAGGAGAUUAUUGUCGAUCCAAAAUCGAAUCAAAUUUGGAUGCCCACCGGUGCCAGCGACCCGAAUACAAAGGAGUCUCAAUACAUUUCCAGCAGCGUGGAUCCAAAGACCGGUUACGUCAUUACGAUUUAUGGUUACCUCGAUCCCAAAACGAACGAAAUUAAAAAACAAAACAAACUCGACCCCAACACCACCAAAAUAGAACCAUCCUCUGGUAAGAUCUACACCGCUACCGGAGAGGUAGACAAAACCACCGGCGAACCGCUCUAUGCCACCACCCAAGUUGAUCCCGAAUCUGGCGAUGUGUACACUAAAGUCGGACGUGUUGACCCUAAAAGUGGAAAAAUUGUCAUUGUUCGAGUAUUGCUCAUCUCCAAGACCGAUGAGCGCGGCCGACCUGAAGAAAUCGAUCCAGCGACAUGUGAAAUUGAUCCGGUCUCUGGUCGAAUUCUCAAGUUCUUCAACAAAACUGUUUAUGUUUAUACUAUGAUAGAUCCAGUAACAGGUGAAAUUGUACAGGUUGAUCCCAAUGAUCCACGCUUCGCGGGAGCACGCACCACCGUCACACAAACAAUGACACUAACAGGCGAAAUAGAUCCAGUGACAGGACGUAUUAAGAGCGAAUAUGGCGACAUCGAUCCAAAUACAGGCGACAUCGAUCCAGCCACAGCAGUGCGUGACCCAGUGACAGGCAAAUUGAUUCUCAACUACGCUCAAAUCGAUCCAUCACACUUCGGCAAAGAGGCGCAAGUAAGCACAACUACCGAGACCGUUCCAAUCACUCGCGAGCAGUUCUUCGAAGGCGUCAAACACAUGGGCAAAAAUGCGCUGCGCCGCGACUCGGAGGCCAGUUCAGACGAUGACAUGGCACAGCAGUAUGCUAGUGAGAAUAUUAAGGAUAUGGUCCUGAAUAGCCCCAACAAACAAGCCGAUGGCACAACGGUGACCACAACUACAACAAAACAGGCGGGCAAAUAUGGCACACCGACGGUGGUGAAGACAACCACAAAACAAGUGCUAACCAAGAACGAUGACGGCGUAACGCACAAUGUGGAGGAGGAGGUGCGCAAUUUGGGCACAGGCGAGGUUACCUAUUCAACGCAGGAGCACAAGGCUGAUGCUGAUGUAAGCGGUGCCUAUGUAACCGCCACGGCCGUGACCACCCGCACAGCCACUACCCAUGAAGAUUUGGGCAAGAAGGCUAAAACCGAACAACUCGAAGAGAAAACAGUGGCGACGACGCGAACCCACGAUCCUAAUAAGCAGGAACAGCGAGUCGUCACACAGGAAGUAAAGACCACUGCAACGGUGACUAGCGGUGAUCAGUUCCGAGACCGUGGAGACAGUAUUUCAUCGACUAGUUCUGGCGACUCGGGCACGCCCAUCGACGGCCCAUAUGAUGGGUCCAGUGUGGUGCGUACCUCGACCAGUUCCAAGCCUUCGCCUUUGAUUGGAACCAGCUCCACUACGGCAGGCCCACAUGUUGAACAGACCCGCGUCAUAUUGGGAGAAGACACUCCUGGCUACUCGGGACAUGGCGAAAUAGUUUCAACCCAAACGCUCAGCAGUAAAACGCGAACUGUGGAAACUAUAACGUAUAAGACCGAACGUGAUGGCAUUGUGGAAACGCGAGUAGAGCAGAAGAUCACCAUACAAUCAGAUGGCGAUCCAAUUGAUCAUGACAAAGCAUUGGCUGAGGCAAUUCAGGAAGCGACAGCCAUGAAUCCAGACAUGACAGUGGAGAAGAUUGAAAUACAACAACAAACGCAGUAAAAUCAUUAUCUGAAUACGCCCAAUCUACAUAGUAUAUAACAUAAAUAUCCAAUAUAAAUAUAUAGUUUAACUUAAAAGCACCCGCACAUAUACAAAUGCAAGAACCACAUUAGCCCACAUACAUACGAAUGUCUACAAAAAAGCCUUUGACAAAAAAUUUUUUAUAAAUAAUGCUAUAUUUAAAAGAAACCAAUAAGCAAGAGAAAAACUAAACAUAUUUUUUAUUACAUUUUUUUAUUAAUUAUAUUUAAGCCGAUAAUUAUUAUUAAAAACGGAGUAAAUAUAUGUUAAAGUAAAUGCGAAAUUUGAACUAACCUAACAAUUUAAGUUAAAAUAAAUGAAAAGCUUUUAUUAUUAUAUCUUUGUAAUGUUGAUUUUUUUUUAUGUGAAACUGACUAUAAAUACAUUAAACAAUUAAAUAUUGUACAUGCAUUAUGAGAUAAACAUAAAUAAUUACGUAUGUACGUCACUUAGAGAACGGAAGUGAGUGAACGGUUACGGAGGAUACAUGUAUAUUUAUUAAAACAUACAUAUAUCGUCGGUGAUACUGCAAAACGUUCUAUGUCACUUAUUACCUCUGGUGCUUAAUUGAUCUGUUAUCUGUAUUUGAUUGCUUCUGGCAAUCGUUCAUCUUUACCAGCCAAAGGUAGACAGUUUUGUUAUUCGUUUAUUAGAGUGUAACGAUUUGCAGAUGCCGUCCGGUGCAAGCAAGAGACCAUCUUAGUGUCAAGGGUACUAAUAGACAUAGACCGUUUUGCAGUAUCGCCGACGAUAUAUACAUACAUACAUACAUACCUAUGUACAUUAGGCAUAUGACUUUUUUUUAGUAUUGUAUAUACUUAUGAGUAGGGAAUGAGGAGUGGUUGAAAACUAACAAGAAUAAUGUUUGUAACAAUAUUUGGUAAAACAGGUCACGUAGGAAACUCCGAAAAAGAAUAUAUGGCGUCUUUUACUUUUACUUGAGUAUUGUCUACAUCAUGCAUACAUAUGUGCAUGCAUAUGUGUGGAACUGAAAAAAAUGAUAUGUAUGGAAAAUUCCGAGUCAACCGAAUCAUCACUGCGACCAAAAAUUGAAGGCACAAAUUUUUAUUCGCAGUCAUAAUUCGGUUGACAUGGAAUUUUCCUUACAUUUGUAUGUAUGUACAUUUUCAUAGCUGUAUUGAUUAACAAUAGCUCAUUAGGAGAAAAUAUGUCUUAAUUUUUACUACGGGAGCGUAUGUAAACCACUACAUAUAUAUGCCACUAUUGCAAAAAAUCGACGAUAAUAUAUACUACAUAUGUACAUACAUAUGUAUAUAUACCAUUUUUACAAAUACGUUAUCGCAAUACCCUGGGCGAACUUUUUAUAGCAAAUUUUCACAAAAGCGUUAUUUUUGUUGGUUUUUUUAUCGCUCCUAGUUCUCUACUCAUAGGUAAAUAUCGUUCGCUCAGAGUGAAAAUUGGUUAAGUACAGUUUUUUAAAUUUUACAAUAGAGAAGAAAUAUUUCCGAAACUCGUUUUCUUCAAAUAUUUUUCAAAAAUGGCAAAGCUCGAAGCUAAGAAACCUUUGGCAUUAUUUUGAAUUUAUCUGAUUUUUUAGUCAUUUUUUGGACUUAGCAAAUUUUCAUUUCGUACAGAAAUGAGAAAAAAUAAAAUAAUUAAUUCAGUCCCUUUUGCUUUUUUAAUUUUCCAUGCGUCCUGUAGCAAGAUGUAAGUUUUCGUAAAAAUAGACUUAACAACCUUUCACUUUAAGCUAGCGAUAUAAUAUUAAAAAAGUCAUAUGCAUCUACAUAUGGUCAUCUGAUAUGCAAAAAGUCAUAACUAAUAAAAAUUGAAAAUGAAAUUUUUGAUUAAUAUGAUGGAUUUCAUCGAAUUACAACUCUCCACAUCAUUUUAUGAAAAAAAAAUUAAAAUAUUUGUCACAACUUUUUCCAUUUCAUUUACGAUGUUGUUACGUCUUUUUGCAUUUCAGGUGACGAUAUGUACAUAUAUACGUAUAAUCAUUCAUAAUGCGAAUAAAGUUUGACUCUACCAAUGUGGAAAUUUAAAAUAGUUUACACUUUGUACUUUUGACACACAACCAAUUCCACAAA